GAAGAGUAUCACUGAAGAAGAUGUGAACUGAGUGAGCGAUCUCACAAUGGUAAAGAAGGACGAAUUCUUGAGAGAAAACGGAGAGAUAGAAAAUGGUUCUGUUAAAGGACAAGUCUCGCGCAGCGAUUUCCCUCCCAACUUCGUCUUCGGAGUUGCCACUUCAGCAUAUCAGAUAGAAGGUGCUUGCAAGGAGGGUGGUAGAGGUCCUAGUAUAUGGGAUGCCUUUUCACAGACUGAAGGAAAAAUAAUUGACAAAUGCAAUGGCAAUGUAGCAGUUGAUCAUUACCAUCGAUACAUGGAAGAUGUUGAUCUUAUAGCCAAGUUGGGAUUUGAUGCUUAUAGAUUUUCAAUUUCUUGGUCUCGUAUUUUCCCUGAUGGCUUAGGAACCAAAGUCAACGAAAAUGGAAUAACUUUCUAUAACAACAUUAUCAAUGCUCUUCUUGAAAGAGGUAUUCAACCUUACGUAACUUUGUAUCAUUGGGAUCUUCCGCUGCAUCUUCAUGAGUCGAUGGGAGGAUGGUUAAAUAAAAAAAUCAUAGAAUAUUUUGCAGUCUAUGCAGAUACUUGCUUUGCAAGUUUUGGUGAUAGAGUGAAGAACUGGAUUACUAUUAAUGAGCCCCUUCAAACUGCAGUGAAUGGGUAUGAUACAGCUAUUUUUGCUCCUGGAAGACGUGAAAAUACAUUAGUAGAGCCAUUUUUGGUAGCACAUCAUCAGAUCUUGUCCCAUGCAGCGGCUGUUUCCAUAUACCGAAGCAAGUACAAGGAUAAGCAAGGGGGACAAGUGGGCCUGGUGGUAGACUGUGAAUGGGCAGAGGCUAACUCUGACAAGACUGAAGAUAAAUCUGCUGCCGCAAGGCGCCUGGAUUUUCAGCUUGGCUGGUUCUUGCAUCCACUAUAUUAUGGAGACUAUCCUGAAGUUAUGCGUGAACGACUUGGAGACCAGCUUCCCAAAUUCUCAGAGGAGGACAAGAAAUAUCUUUUGCAUUCAUUGGACUUUAUUGGCCUAAAUCAAUAUACGUCAAGGUUUAUUUCUCAUGUAACGGAAAGCACAGAAGAAAGUUAUUACUACAAGUCGCAGGCGAUGGAGAGAAUUGUGGAAUGGGAAGAUGGUCAGGCCAUAGGCGAGAAGGCAGCAUCAGAGUGGCUUUAUGUUGUUCCUUGGGGUCUUCAAAAGUGUCUCAAUUACAUAUCACAAAAAUAUGCUACCCCCAUAUAUGUCACAGAGAAUGGUAUGGAUGAUGAAGAUAAUGAUACCGUGCCACUGGAUGUGAUGCUAGAUGACAAACUGAGAGUUAGGUAUUUCAAGGAAUACCUUGCGUCAGUUGCUCAGGCUAUGAAAGAUGGAGCAGAUGUGAGGGGAUACUUUGCAUGGUCAUUACUGGACAACUUUGAAUGGGCUCAAGGCUAUACCAAACGCUUUGGAUUGGUCUUUGUGGAUUAUAAAAAUGGGCUCACUAGGCACCCAAAGUCUUCUGCAUAUUGGUUUUCACGGUUUCUAAAAGCUGGUGAAAACAAGAAGGGUAAAGAAGAGUAGUUGACUUUCAUCAUUGUAUGUCUUACAAAAUAAAAGGAAUAAAACAAUAUAAAGAACAAAACUUCUACAUGUAUAUGCUAUAGUGGCAUUUCUCUACUUAUUUCUGAGUGUAUCAAAUCUUAUGCCCCACAUGCUUUAAAACUAUUUUAUGUUCAUAUAUGUCCUGGCUUCUAAUCUGCUGCUGCUGCUGCUUAAUUGUUUUAGUAUUUUCCUAUUACUGUGAAAAUUCCCAAUUUGUGUUUUAGUAUUUCUCUACAAAAGAUGUCGUUUAGUUUUUAAGGUUUGAUUUUUAUUUGAUAUUUUCCCAACAAUUUAUCAAUUUGAUCUUAGGCAAAUCUAAGCAUCAAUUGAUUUCAUCCUAGGAAUCUAAAAUAAACUCUA